AUGCCUACCGAUCCCGAACGCGCCGUCUCCUACGCCGCCCUCAUCCUCGCCGACGACGCCACCCCGAUUACGCCCGAGAAACUACAAGUCCUGCUCAUAGCCGCGGGAAUCGAGGACGUCGAGCCCAUCUGGACCACGCUGUUCGCCAAGGCGCUUGAGGGCAAGGACGUCAAGGACAUCCUCACCGAGGUCGCGAGUGCGGCUGGUGGGGUGGUUGCGGGUGGGAAGAUUGUGGAUGGGAAAUUUAAGGAGAAUGCCGAGGAGAAGGAUGGAGAGAAAGAUGGCGGGGACGAGGAGGGGUCCGAUGACGAGGACAUGUACGGGGAUUUCGGAUUGUUUGAUUAG